AUGGCUGAAUCGCUUAGCAAGAAAGGGAGCUUGGAAGAAGUUCCCCCAGUUGAAGCAACGUCCCCAGAGAGUAUUAGUGCUUCAAAAGUGGAGACAAGUCCCGGCGAAGUUGACAUUAGCGAAACUGCUGAAGACACUCCAAAGGAGGAUACUCAAGUGCCAGCAGAAGAGGAUGAGCAGGCUGACGCAGAGGUUGUCGCCAGAGUCGGCAAGCACGCAGACAAUUCUGCGCCUGAGGACCUGUCGGAUGAAGAAAGACCUCCUCUGCCGCAACGGGAGUCUGCUACGGUCCAUAUCCCAAAAAACGCAAUUUUUACACAGCUUACCGAAGCCUUUCCGGGAAUCGAAGUAAAAUAUGUGAAAGCGGUGCUUAUCGCAUCCCAGGGUGCGUUGGACCCGGCAUUCAACGCCCUUCUGUGCCUGUCUGAUCCUAAUGUUGAGGCAGAAACAGCUAUUCCUACGUUACAGCCUCAAGCAGGAGCUGGCCAGCCACACAGGUUGGAGACCUCCGGCAAUAGCCAAUUGGAACAGGAUGAAAUGCUUGCUAGGCAGUUAGACGCGCAGUACAAUAAAUCUCGCACCCGACACCAGCGUGGUGACGGCGGUUCCAGCACUCUGGAGGGCGAACGCUUUGCUCGGGAGAGCAGAAUACGCGACCGUCAGAGAGAGUAUGAAAGACGUACGACACAGGGCCGCCGACCACUCACAAGUGAAGAACGAAGAUACUACCACGAGAUGGGACAAGAAGUCGAGGACGACGAUUUCCUGAGUCAGUUGAUGGAAAAAGAUCUGCCUGAGUUUCGCGACAAGGUCGGGCGCCAGGUGCAAGAAACAGGGAAGAAGGUUAACGAGUGGCUGUCCGGGUUCCGCAAGAACUGGAACCAAGACCAGGCCAGAGACUCCCAGUAUUCAGAGUAUUCCGAUUAUCCUUCCCAGCGAGCAAGAAGGACCUCUUCUAACCAGUCUGCGGCUUCGGAGUAUGAAAGGUAUGCGAGACCUGAGCACAGGACUGCCCGCUUCAAUUCGUUUGGUGCCAAAGAAGGCGACGAAAGCGGAGAAGGCUUCAAUAAGUUGGCCAGCCACGGAAUCUCCAUAUACAACAAGCAAGAUCUCGACGACGACGGUCAAGAUGAGGAUAUACCUCCCCAGUUGCCCUCGAGAAAUAAACACACCGAGGUCAAACCGGAGACAACCUACAUCGAUACGCCUGAAGCAGCCACCCGCAAGAAAUGGCAACCAUUGCCUCCUGAGCCCAUCAACUUGACGCCCAGCAAAGUCAAUGCUACUGCCAACAAGGCUACUAAAAAGGAAACAGACUACAAUGGCAAUGACGCGGAAAACGACUUCUUGAUCAACAGUGACGAUGAAUUAUAG